AUGGCAUUCACCGGACUCAACUGGGAUCAUGUGAAAACAACGUUUUGGGAGGCGAAUAAGAUGCUAGACUCAAUGGUUACAAUGAUUGCUCGAAGCAGCGGGAGCCGUGAGAGCUCCGCUGAGUCGAGAUCGUCGGGAAGCUCGUCGGACGGAGCACUUGUCGCAGGUCCUAAUGGCAAACUCGUCAUGUUGAAACGAAAAAGUACGGAUGAGGAUGAGGAGGACGGGGCAGCGAUGUCUAAGAAGCCUUGUCUAGAGAGCGAUUCGGCGUCAGAGAGCUCAGAAGCAGAGGAUGCCAAAGGGUCGAUUAGAUUCCUCUCCUCACUAACCAACGUGAUAAUGAGGCCCGCCCAAAAAGCAACGUCUACAUACAGCGGCGCCGAUGAAUGGGUGCCAAAGGAGAUGGAGGAGAUCGCCGAGUUCCCAUUGGAGUCCAUUGACAAGUAUAAGAAAGUGCAUCCGAACGCAGAGGCGCCGAAAAAGUUCAUGCUGGUUAAUGGGGAGUUCGCGGUGGUCGCUAGUUUGGAGAAGCUCACUGAGGAGCAAGCGUUGAGAGCACAAGAGAACUCGCCACACCAACACAAGCAUCACGAUUCGAGAGAAGAGAGAUUGACGAAGAACGAGUUGACGGAUAAUGAGGAUCAGAAGAAGAAGAAGGAGAGAGAUUUCAGAGCCAAAGAAGAGGAAGAGGCGAAGAAAGGAGAGAAGGUGCUGUACCAUUUGGCGAUUACACUAUUCAACGAGAAUAAGGAGAAAUAUGUGAUGUCGUUGUUUAGAAGUCAUAAGCUUGCCGACGUCGUGGCACUGUGCGAGAGAUGUCGUGAGAAUCCAGAGCUAUUCCGUGUAUUUCCAAAAAAUGUCAAUAUCAAAGAAUAUCUUCAUCUAAUCUUCAUGGAACUUCGCGACAACAUGACCUGGAAAUCGGUCCAUAUCUCAUCGAAAAUCGGACUUCUGGAGUUUUUCGAGAACAUGAGAUCACACAAGCUGCAAAAGUAUCUGAAUUUGAUUGUUCAGCCAGAAGGGCUCUCUCCACUGAUGAUCGCUAUUCAAAAUGAUCAACAAGAAACAGUGCGCUGGAUGGUGGAACAUGGCGCCGAUCUCAACACCAUCACUUCCGAUGGUCAGAAUGUGCUCCAUAUGGCUGCGACGAUUUCCAAUGGAGAAAUUCUCAAAUUUCUAUGGGACACCAACAAGUGCGAGGCGAUGAUCAACAAGACAGAUGUGAACGGAUCCACGCCUGCCUACAGUGCUUUCUCCAGUGCCUGUAUCACGAAUUGGCAAAUGUUAAGAGGACACGGAGGAGCCCUUCAAUCUACUGAAUCCACCACCAACGCCACCCCAUUCAUUGGAGCCAUGAAACGUGGCAAAUUGGAUGAGGCAUCGUUGAAGAAGAUGCUAGAGCAGAAGGCGGAUGGGUUACAGGAAGUGGAGUCGACAACUGGAAACUCUGUAAUACACUUUGCUAGUAACAAGAAGUGUCUGAUCCUUCUGAUGGAGAAGUUCCGUGAUCAGACGGAUCCUGAAGCGAGGAACAAGUUCCAGCAAACGCCGCUCCACACUUUUGUGAUCAAUGGGGAGUUGGGUUUGGUGAUGACACUGUGUGCGUAUGGAGUGGAAAAGGAUGCGCAAGAUGUGAAUGGAAACACUCCGUUGCACUGUGCAGUGACACGUGGAUUCACGGAGAUCGCCAGGAUGUUGUUGUGUCUUGGAGCGAAGCCGGAUUUGAAGAAUCGGUAUAAGGAGUCGCCACGUCAUCUGGCAGCUAGAUUGACUGAUAAAGAAGCAAAAAUGGACAUCGUUCGUGCGUUGAUCAUCUGUGGAGCUCCAGCAUGCGACGACGGAUUCGUUGGAUGCGCAUUCGGCUGCAUGCACAAUCGAGGACUAACCUCGUGCAAGACCCAACUCGGAUCUUCCAGCUCCGACGAGCAAAGUAUGGAAGAACGUGUCAAAGACAUUCACGUCAGUGAGAACGCCGCGAGCGCGCCAUACGAGUUCGUACUGGAUCCGGACACCCAACUCGUCGAGGAAGCGUACGCCGAGAGAAGCGAGACGAGAGCCUAUCCACAUGAGAUGGCGUUGGAGCGAGUGAAGAACAAGUUGAAAGAUCUGAUUGAGAAGAAGAAGACGUCGAAUGUGAUCAACGUGCUGGGACUGGACGGUGGUGGUAUCCGUGGAUUGGUUACCGUACAAAUGCUCAUUUGCCUUGAAAGCUAUCUAGAUCGACCGCUUAUCGAUUAUUUUGAUUGGAUUGGUGCCACGUCGACAGGGUGUUAUAUUAUGUCGACACUGAUGACUGGAGGAUCGUUGAGACAUGCUCAACAGUACUAUCUGAUGUUCAAGGAUCAGUUAUUCGAUAGUUGGACCAGGCCAUAUGAUACGAAGACUUUGGAGACGUUUAUCAAGCGAUCCUUUGGAGCAGAUCGUCUGAUGGGUGAUAUCAAGUAUCCGAGAUUCUUCUGCACCACAGUUCGCGCUGAUACAUUCCCCGUUCAAUUGGAUUUGGCCCGAAACUAUCGUCUACCGAUUAGUGAUAAGGAAAACAAGGAUUUGGGAUUCACAGAUCCAAUGGGUACUAUAGAUUCAACGUCUUCUGAAUUACUAAAUUGUGUGUAUUUUUCAGAACUCUCCAUGUGGCGUGCAGUUCGUCGUAGUAGCGCGGCUCCGACCUAUUUCUCGGCUUCCGAAGGCAAAUUCAUCGACGGUGGAAUGAUUUCCAACAACCCCGUGUUGGAUUUGAUGUCGGAAAUUUGCUUCUGGAACACGACGUGUCAGAAGCAGCAGCUCAUCGACAAAAUCGUUGAUGUUGGAUGCGUUCUGUCGGUUGGCACGGGAAUCACACCGAUUUGUCCGGUGGAUCCGUCGGUUUUCGAGAUGAAUGAUUGGUUGGGCAUGCUACGUGGCAUCAAGAACUUGUCGCUGGUGGUUAUUGAUCAGGCGACAGCUACAGAGGGAGCUCCAAUCACCAGAAGCCGAAGCUGGUGUCACUCGCUGGGAAUUCCCUAUUAUCGAUUGAACGCUCCAAUCUUCAAGGACGUCAUUUUGGACACCAAUGACGACUACGACCUAGCGAAAAUUAUGUGGGACUCGGUGGUCUAUUCGCAUACGCACAAAAAAGACUUCCAAGAACUCGCCGAGCUGCUGAAGACCGUGGGAACUGUCGAUGAGAGAAAGGAGUUGCUGAAAAUUUGA